UCUCGGAGCAGAUAAUACUUCAGCUGAGGUUUAUAUUGAAGGGGCGUCGUCAUCAGACUCAGAAGGAGAAGGUGCAUCGAAGUCUAGAUCAGGAGCCAUGCCUCAAGUCCAGAAGAAGACUACUUCGAUGUCCCUAACAAUACGCUCAUCUUCACCCAAAACCACCGAGGUGCUACCUCAUCGCACCACCCUGGUGCAGUCCUUGUCUCAGCCCCCACAGCGGAUGCAGAGCCCAGUUUCAUCACUCUAUGCUGGUGAAGUCUCAGGCCCUCCUCUGUUCACCAAGCUCCUGCAGGAUGCCCAGGCAUCUGAGGGCCAGGUAGUGGUUCUGGAGUGCAGGGUUCGUGGAAGUCCUCCUCUGCAGGUCCGAUGGUACCGCCAGGGAAACGAGAUCCAAGACUCUCCUGAUUUUCGUAUUCUCCAGAAAAAGCCUCGAUCUGCAGCUGAGCCAGAGGAGAUCUGCACCCUCGUUAUUGCCGAGGCCUUUCCAGAGGACGGAGGUCUGUUCUGCUGCACUGCCUCCAAUCUUUAUGGCUCUGUCAGCAGCACAGCCCAACUCACCGUUACCCCAGCAGCUGAGGACUCAUCCAGUAAUGGCAUGUCUGGUGAUAGCUCAGGGUUUGAGGAUGCAGCAGCCUUCCCUCCUCCUCCUCCCCCACCCACCGAGAUCAGCCUCCUGGAGCUGCCACCCAAGACGCUGCCUCAGCCCAGCGCUGAGACUCUCCAGAUCAAGGAGCUGGAGAUCUGGCCCAGUGUGUCAGCUAUGCCUCCAGUACAGAUGAGCUCAGAGAUGGAGGACAAAGGGAAAGAAUCUGUGCAAAAUGGCCAAACCCUGCAUCCACCAUCACCUCCAAGCCUUCCUAAAGAGACCACACUACCGCCCCCACCCCCACCUCUGCCACAGUCUGAUCCCACAACAGAUAUCUCUAUGCCAGUUCAAAGUCCAGCCCCUGUGAUACCAGAUUCAUCCCCAGCACCAAGCAAGCUGUCUCCAUCCCCUGGGAAAGACGGGCCUCCGCUGCCUACCAAACCUAAACCAAAGCUGAACGCGGCACAGCUGAAGCAGCUGCAGGACCAGAUUCUGUUGGAGCAGCAGGAAGCAGCCAACUGGCAGCAGCAGCAGCUGGAGCAGCAGAAUCAGGAAGUUCCACCUCCACCUCUGCAGCCACUUCAGGAAGUACCUCCACCUGCUCCUCCAUCCCCACCUCUCCCACCUCCUCCCUCCUUCCAGGAGUUGGAGAACAGCACAGCCAUGCAAGCCAGCACAUUCAACUACGCCCGGCCCAAGCAGUUCAUUGCAGCGCAGAGCCCCGGUGGGGCGGGCUACGUCACCCAGUCCUCUGGCUCCUCUGGAUCCAGCCUGUCAUCCCCUCUGUCUCCACCCACCUCACACAAGUCCUUCACCAGGGUCACCAUGCCCACCUUCACCAAGGCGGGCAGCCUCGAGUCCCCAAGCUCUCCUUCCUUCCCUCCUCCACCUCCGCCCUUCCUCAGCUCCGGCAGCCUGUCCUCUCCAUCAGGUCCGGCCCAAGACUUUCCUCCUCCACCUCCUCCUCCCCCUCCACCCGUAGCCACAUCUCCAGCAUACUCGGAUAUGUCCUCGCCUUUCUCUUCCGUCCCUCCAUCUCCUGCCUCCAGCUUCCUUUCCUCAGUGUUGCCCUCCACACCUUCCACACCUGGCAGCCCUACAGUCAAUGCCAUGGGUCUUCCUAAAGGCAACGGGACUGUCAAAGCAUUUCCAAGGAAGUCCUCUGUCACCAAGACACCACGCAUCGCCUCCGACUCAGACAUUCAGGGAUCCAAGGAUGCGGUCAUCCAGGAUUUGGAGAGAAAACUGCGCUUCAAAGAGGAGCGCAUCAGCAAUGGUCAACAGAGGUUAACCUAUGAGGAGAAGAUGGCUCGCAGGCUCCUGGGUGCUGACAACGCAGCCACGGUCUUAAACACACAGGACACAGAGGAGGAGCCAGUCACACAGGAAGACAAAUCAUCUGAUAGAGACUCUUACCCUCAAAAGGAAUACAAAGUGUCGAGUUUUGAGCAGCGUCUGAUCAGUGAGAUCGAGUACCGUUUGGAGCGUUCUCCAGUGGAGGAAUCGGACGAUGACGUGGAGCACGAUGAGAACUCUGCUGGCCGAGGGGUGGCACCAUCUUUCGACCAGAAACUCAAACACUACAAAGUCUUUGAGGGCAUGCAAGUCACCUUCUCCUGCAAGAUCAAAGGAGACCCCAAACCAAAGGUCUACUGGUUUAAAGACGGUAAGCAGAUCUCUAAGAGGAGCGAGCACUACAGGAUCAGCCGAGAUCCUGAUGGAACCUGCUCCCUGCACACUGCUGCAGCCUCACUGGACGAUGACGGCAACUACACCAUCUUGGCAGGCAACCCUGAGGGUAGGGUGAGCUGCACUGGCAGGAUGAUGGUCCAGGCGGUGAACCAGCGAGGUCGCAGCCAGCGCUCAGCGCCUGGACACAUGCGCAGGCCCAGGUCCAGGUCUAGAGACAGCGGUGAUGAGAACGAUAACAUCCAAGAGCGUCACUUCCGCCCCCACUUCCUGCAGGCGCCUGGUGACCUCAUUGUUCAGGAAGGCCGUCUGUGUCGAAUGGACUGCAAGGUGAGCGGCCUGCCCACUCCUGACCUCAUCUGGCAGUUGAACGGACAGACCAUCCGCCCUGAUUCUGCCCAUAAGAUGCUGGUGAGAGAAAACGGUGUGCACUCGUUGGUCAUCGAACCUGUGACCAGCCGCGACGCAGGCAUCUACACCUGCAUCGCCAGCAACAGAGCCGGCCAGAACUCUUUCAACCUGGAACUCAUCGUUGCAGCCAAAGAGAUGCACAAGGCCCCUUCAUUCAUCGAGAAACUGCAGAACACGAGCGUUGCAGAGGGUCAUCCUGUGCGACUGGAGUGCCGUGUGACGGGGGUUCCCUAUCCGCAGAUCUUCUGGAAGAGGGAGAAUGAGUCUUUCACUCACAACACAGACAGAAUCAGCAUGCACCAGGACAACUGUGGCUACCUAUGUAUGAUCAUCCAGCCAGCUUUGAAAGAAGAUGCCGGCUGGUACACCGUGUCAGCCAAGAAUGAUGCCGGCAUCGUAUCCAGCACCGCUCGGCUUGAUGUCCACACUCAAUGGCAGCAGCCUAACCUCCCAAAGCCCAAAAAGGUGCGUCCCUCCACCAGCCGCUACGCAGCACUGACGGAGAGAGGCCUGGAUGUGAAGGCGGCCUUCUUCCCCGACUCCAGCCCAGUGCAGCCCGGAGGCCUAGUGGAAAGUGACGACCUGUAGAGACGAGUCAGAGGUGUGAGGAUUACCCAGAAAAGCCAGAAAGCUGCCUGUGAUCCCAGCACUCCUAACGAGGAGAGGCAGAGUAUAUUCUUGUCCACCACCAAUGAACUGAAGAUACUGAAUUUUAAGCUUGGGUGGGCAGAGUGAGAAAGGUGUUGCCAUGUUUCUUUGUUCUAAAUAGGAUGACACAACACUAAUGUAUUACAGAAUUCAUCAAGUUGUUUCCCCAAGUUUCAUUUUAUUAACUGGAUCUGGAAGUGAUUGAGGUGUUUACCACAAGAAAAGACUCUUCAGUGUAUGCCUGACUCUGUUUUACCCUUUAAAGUGCCUUUUUCUUUCUGUAAAGAUACAAAAAAAUGAAACCAAAUCACUAUGCAUGUUCAAGUGGUGCCAUUUGCAAUUCACCAACUAAUACUGUAUUUAUAAGUAGCAAUCACACCAGCUGAGGAAACGAGACUGAAUGAUUCAAAGCAUCGUAGCUUGGACGAAGGAGAUCACCGACUUUUAUUGUGAGGGCUUAUGUAGCACAGUGCGGAUAGUUAAAGCAUCAUACAAUCUGUGCUUUUAGGUUGUAGAUCAGAUACUGGACAAGGCCGGACCUUACAAACGGUGUUUUUUGUUGUUGUUUUGUUUUGGGGGGGCAGAAGACAUUUAACGUUUGGUUAAAAGGAUGUGUAUGUGCAGCAGACCUUAACGAAAGUUGGUUUUAACAAGAGAACAUGGCAGUAAAAGCAAGUCAGUGGAGGGAUGUGAAGUGUAAUACUGAAAAACUAAAAUGAUGGUGGGUUAUUUAGGUGAUUACUUUUUCUUUUUUUUGAAGUGUGAAUUGAAAUGUUCUCACUUAAGAGAGGGUGCUGUGAAGGGUUUCAGUGUUUUUCGUGACACACAUCACAGAUUGUCCAUUUUAUUUUUGUAUGGAAAAAAAAUACAAUUUACUUUCCAAAGCAAUCUUAACAUAAAUUAUAAUUGCAACCUUCAGUUCACCGAUAAAACAAUCCUGUCUAUCAUGAAGUUUUAUAAAUAUAUUUACGCCUUAAAUCACUUAAUGCAAACACAGUUUCUUUGCAUGUUUUUUUGGACACUUGUACAGUGCCAAGUAACUUUUACUAGGAUGCAUUUUAAAAAAAAACAGCUUCUUUCCUUCAGUAUUCAUGGGUAAUAAACACUCUCAACAUUAAGAAAUCAACAGCAAAGCAUAUUUAUAUCUACGAUUUGUGUCUCCUUUGUGGGCAUCUUUUUUCUGAGUUUCGGUCAGCUGACACUUUGUGUUUGCACAUUUCUAUGCCAAUCAAUGCCUGUAUAUGGAUUGUUCUCCUGAUACUAUUUUAGGUUAUAAAAUGUUAAUAAAAAAUCAAACUCUU